GUAGGUGUAGGAUAAGUGGUCAAUAAGCGUUUCAUCAUACCCUCUUUGUCUAAAACUUUGGAACAUUUCAUACUUUAAUUUCAUGAUCUUAUCCUUCUUUGACUUGAUAAAGCAUUUGACUGCACAUCACCAGCACCUGAAAAUCAAAAGGCUGUGCAUAUAGGGACUUCUUUCUUUUUAGUAUCAGGUAGACCAAUCCCUUUUUUUAAGUUUCGUUUUCAAAGGAAUAUAUACAGGGCGUUUACCACACCUUGGUUAAAAGUCUUCCACUAGCGCUAUCAGUUAUCUCCUGCUUCCACGAUGGGCUACGUUUGCAUUCUCUUCGUUCUUUCUUUGACAAUAUCAACCGCUGGGGGAAUAAAAUGCUACUCGUGUAUCACCGAAGACCCCCUUUCCUGCCUUAAGACCGAAGAAUGUCCCACCAUGGAUCGCUGUUACAGCCUGGAUCUGACUGGCCUUGGGGGAGGCUUCAUUAAGGGAUGUCAACUGAGUGUUGCGUGUGCCCAGGGACCAGUCGCAGCUUGCUGCGAAGGCGAUUUGUGUAACCUUGGGAAUGCCAGCAGAUCAAGCUUCAUUCUCCUGCUGUUGUCUACUGCUGCACUGUAUUUCCUCUGAUCUCCUGAAAUCCUGUUCAUGGAGUUUGCGUUUAGAUUACAUUUAGGGCAUUUAGCAGACGCUUUAUCCAAAGCGACGUAGGCCUACAAUAAUUACAUUUGUCAUAAUAAAGAGGAACAUAACACUGUCGGUAUAGUAAGGAUGUUUCUACAUUUCUGAAGAGGAAUUUCUACGAAGUGCCUAAGAAUAUUCUUUACUGCAAUUCCUCAACAACUUCCUAAUAACGUGUUAAUUGUUCCAAUUUAGUUGUUUUUUUAAAGGGACACUGUGUAAAAAUUACUCCCAUCUAGUGGUACAAUUGUAUAUUGCAUUCAAACUAAUAGUGCUCGCUUCUUCAAAAACUACGGUGGGCAGUAUGUGCCAAGAAGCUGUGUCAUGACAUCCAAUAUACCUCAUCGAGUCAUUGGAGUGAUGAUGAGGUUCGUUAUUUCAAACAAAUAUCAAACUGCAUUGAAUCAUUAGUGUAAGCCAGUGAUUUUCAACCUUUUUUGAGCAGCGGCACACUUUUUACAUUUACAAAAUCCUUGGGCACACAAAAAUGACACUCUAACACAGUAGGCCUACAUAUAAUGCAUAUUGUAGUGGCGAUUUGUCCUCAAUAAAACACUAACUUGAAAAUUAAGAAAUCAAACAAAGCAACGUAGCCUAAUCAAAAUAGCCACUGUGGCACCAGGGGGGACGAAUCUUACGCAGUGCAGGGGAAAGAGUCAACUGUCCAGUCGUGAAUUUAGAUUUCUGCAGGUUUAUUUUCCGAUCUUCCAAGCAAACAAAACAAAUGUGCAACAGUGUGAACCAGCAGCCUCACUCCUUUGUCUCUCUCGUACAGCUGGUAAAAAACCAUGACCCUUCUCAGUGCCUGUCUUACCUAUGUCCGCCACAUCUAUAAAUAGGCUAUAGUAAUAACUUCAAAACAAAAGCAUAAACAAACUCAAUUAACUAAUUUAUAAUACAAACGAGAAAAUAAACAAGUCAUAUUAUUUUAUAUUAAGCAAACAAACUAAAUACAUGUUUUACAAUUAAAUCUAAGAACUUCAUAGCUCCAACACAUAUAGUUAAUAAUAUAGUUUCUACAUUUAUUUAUACUCACUUAGUGUGAAACCUGGGCCUGUUUCGAUUAACACAAAAUGGAUAUCCUGGCAGGAAUGGUAGGAAGACACACACAAAGCUCUUCCUCAACAGCUCUCAGUCUCUCUCUGUUUAAAUGUUUAAUUACCAUUAGGGCUGGCCCGAAUGCCAUUUUUCAGGCUUCGAAUACUCGUUGGUUUUUACGAGCGAAUAUUCGAAUACUCGUUCCAGAAAAAAACACCAUCAAAAACAACAUUAAUAAUCCUUAUAUACUCCCUGGAACCGAUUUUGACAGUAUCUGCAUAUUUUGUUGAAUAAUUAAUAGCUUUUGAACGUUAAUUAGUAGGCCUAAGUAGGUUGAAGUUCUUUAGUUUUUCCCCGUGAAAGCGAACAGCUGUUGUUCCGUUCCAAAUCAGCUGUCCUCUGCCAUCUCAGCCCUUACGGGAGCUUCUCAAUUCAUCCUGGAACGUGCAUCUUUUCAGGGAAUUUGUACAAUAAAUCCAUAACAAAUACCGAAUAUUGAUUGUCUUAUGUGUCCAUAUUAUAUCCAUUAUAUAAUAGUAUCAAAUUCAUGAGCUUGUUCUGUACAUGAACUGUUUUGCUAUUUGGUUCAUUUUUUUGUCUUGCUUUUCCUGUUCAUCUUUUUCUCUGAAACAUUUCAUACUACUGACACAUGUGUAACUAGCAUACUGUAUAGAAUGCUUGAUAUGCUUACCUGAUCGGCCUCACAAAUUAAUCCAUUUGAAAAUAAACGU